AAUAUUAAGGUUGGAGCUCCCAAAAUGAAAAGAGAUGGUGAUGAAGAUGAAUAAACCCUAGUCUAAAACAUGGAAUGAAAAGAAAUGGUGGUCUCCCUUAACAAUUGGAGCAAUUGGAGCAAGGGGAGUAUAUAUAGAGUAGAAGAAAUUGGGAAUGAAAUGACCAAUAAGGAUAUAACUAAUAGGAGUAGAAUUUAAGGGUAAAUGGGUCAAUUUACACGCCAUAUUGGAUCUGGGUUUGCUCUUGCUUGUCCUCGCUGGUUUGGACUCGGUGCAAUCAACGGAAAGAGGGAGUCAGCUGCCAGUAAUGCUCGUCGCCGGAGCAGGGGGGAAGCCCUGGUCGGAGCCUCGCAGGUUGUCGCCGGUGGUUCGUCAGUUUGUCCGGGUCGGGUCGCUAGGUCUGGAAAUCUCCCCAUGCUGCUGCCCGUCGCUUGGCCUGGAGGCUCGCCGGAGGUCGCCGUCGUCACCUCUGCUCUUCGGUGUCGGAAACUCGUCGUCGCCGCUGGAGGAUGCUGGAUUGCGGCUGGGUCUGGUCGCGAUUAGCUCCGGGUCGCGUAGGAUGUCGCGAUUCCCUCCGUCUCCGUCUGAUUAGCAUUUGAUUUGGGGAAAUAAAACUUGUAGAAAUUU